AUGUUCACCAAGAAGGGGUGGCGCCGCCGCUACGCGUUGGCGACUCAUGAGGGGCUCGGUCUGUGCCGCGCAAACCCGCGCGACAAAGUCAGCGUCCUCGCUGGACGCCCACUAAAGAUACUGCAUGCCAAGUCGUUUAUUCCGUUUGCGAAGAAGCGGAAUGGCGAGGUGGAAAUGCAGCCGGCGUACGUUGUCGACGACGUCAGUGCCGCGCGGCACCCCGAGGCGCCGCAGAAGAGCCACAACGGCAUCUGUAGCGGGGCGGUGUCCCUGGCCGAGGGAGGCAGCAGCACCGCCUCCGUGCGCGACCUGACGAGCAACGACAACAAGUGUACAUACUACUACUUUGGGCUCAGCUUUGAGGAGCACCGCAAGCGAUACCUGCUGCUGCUCCGUACUUUCUCGCCGCAGGAUUACAUCAUAUGGUCCACCUAUUUGCCCCUGUGCGGACACGAGGGCAGCACGUCGAGGAUUGUGCCAACGGGCCAUCCGUUAGAAGCCGACCGCCCGCAGCCGAUCGACCACAACUACAGGCGGCUGACCGAGAAGCGCGAAUCAAUGCUGCCGAGCACGGUCACCCUCUACCUCGACCCCAACCCGUGCACCGUCGGCGAGCGUGUAAAGGUCCGCCGCUUGUGCCUCGACUGGGACGAGGGCGAGCGUCGACGGAUCUUCACCACCGCCGUGGAUCGCGUGCGCUCGCUGUGCGGGAUUUCUGAGAGCACCGGGUCCGCGAGCAUCGCCAAAAUGCAGGACAAGAGCGAGGAAGAGUGCCGCAAAGUCGUUUCCUCUCUGUUUGAGGAACUGUCCCCGGCGAUGCCCAAGUCUGAGGAUACGCAUCCUCCGCGCCGCAAAGACACAACUAUGCCCAAACGUGGCGUUGCCACAACCGCUAGCGUAGGGAUGGCCGCGCGCAGUUCCGGCGCGGCUCACCCACACGCGACGCACAUCGACACGGCCGAGGGCGCUGCCAACGGCCUGAGCAUGAGAGAGCGCUCAAAGCAGUCGGCUAGUCAAUGCUUCUUCCCUAAUCUCCUCGUCAGUAGUGACGGCGCUGGCAGUGGGAGCAAGGAAGUGCGCAAGCACCCGAAACUAGAGAACGGUGGCGCCGCUGCCUGCUCGAGUCUGAAGAGCUGA